UGAAAGGCGCUAUAUAAUAGAUAUAUAGAGAGACAGACAUGAAAGGCGCUUUAUAAUUGAUAAACCUCUAUUUGAACGGGACAGGUACAGACAGAAAGCCAAUGAAGCCCCAAUAGCCAAGGCGGCGGAGCGCAGGCCACCCCGAGGGGUCCGGCUGCCUAUCCCCCAAUCCCGCUCGUACUGUCCCGGCAUUCCGUCCACACAAACGUCCCCACGUCGACCACGAACUCCAUCAGCAGGUCGAGGCUCACGUGACCCCCUGGCGGGUCUCCGCUAAUCUCCGUUGUUUUUCUCCGCUCAUGUCCUGACGUCUUGUUUGUUCCGACCCCCCUGUGACGCCCCCUCUUGUUGUUUUCUCUCACUCUCUCGUGUUUUCCUGCGCAGGGUCCAAAGAGCAGCCUCGGGAGGACACGGAUAAGCGCCCGUUGCAUCACCGCCUGGCCGCCGACAUGGACUGGCUUCACGGCUGCGGGGUGGAGGCGGUGCGCUACCUGCAGACGCACUACGGGCACCGACGCGACUGGUUCGUCUUGGCCUCGCGCAGCGCCGAGCUCCGGUACACUUUCUUCAUCUUCUUCCCCAUCUGGUUUCACCUGCGAGAGACGACGGGCAUUAAGCUGAUCUGGGUGGCGGCCGUCGGAGACUGUCUGAACCUCGUUUUAAAAUGGGUGUUCUUUGGGCAGCGGCCAUACUGGUGGGUCCACGAAACCUCCUUCUAUGACAGCACAGCGGUGCCACAAAUCCAGCAGUUCCCAAUCACGUGUGAAACCGGACCUGGUAGCCCAUCUGGCCAUGCCAUGGCCGCGGCCUCUAUCUACUACGUCAUGGUGUCGUCGCUCAGUACAGAGCUGCAGCUCGGGCGUCAGUUGUCGGUGAAGGACCGGUGUUUGUGGGGUCUGCUGUGGACGAUGUUCUGGGGGCUCCAGGCCUGCAUCUGCCUGUCCCGAGUCUUCUUGGCAGCUCACUUUCCACACCAGGUCAUUGCCGGGGUCCUCUCUGGGUUGUUGGUGGCACAGUCCUCCAGUCGGGUCUUGUGGAUCUACAGUGCCAGCCUCAGGCAGUACCUCGUCACCACACUCCUCCUCUUCAGCGUCACUCUGGGUCUCUACCUGCUCCUCAAGGCCCUUGGCGUGGACCUCCUCUGGACGGUGGAGAAGGCCAGGCGCUGGUGUGUGCAGCCAGACUGGGUCCACAUUGACACCAUGCCCUUCUCCAGUCUGGCGCGCAACCUGGGCACCCUCGCCGGCCUGGGUCUGGCCCUCAACUGCCCGCUCUACUGGGAGAGCUGCCGUGAAAAGCACAGCUGUGGCGCCCCCUUCAGGCUGGGCUGUAUACUGGCCUCACUGGGGCUGCUGCACCUCAUCGACUCCCUCCAGCUGCCCACCCAAACUGAAAGCCUCUACUACCUGCUGUCCUUCUGCAAGAGCGCCACCGUGCCACUGACCAGCGUGGCCAUUGUCCCCUACUGCCUGUCCUGCCUGCUGAGGAGCUGCAGCAAGAAGGUGGAGUGA